CCUGCUCCACUGGGCGCCCCCACCCCCACCCGCCCCUCCCAGAGGGCUUCCCCGGAGAAUCCCCCAGGCUCUCGCGGGCGCCGUAGGGGUGGGGCAGCUCUGACGGACAGAGCGGGGUGCAGGCUGGGCCGGCGGCUGGGUCCGUGACCGCGGCGGCUGUGCGGGCUCCUGGUGCGCCCACGGCGGGGACGCCCAGGUGCCGGCGCCGUGCGGGCGACAAGCGCGUCUCUGCGGGGCUGCGCGGGGUCCGCGGAGCGGCUGGGGGCGCGCGGCGCGGGCGCGGCGCUGGGCGCGGGGGGCGCUCCCGGCCGGGAUGAGCUCACCGCAGUCGCGCCGGGGCUGAGCGCCGAGCCGGGCGGCGGCGGGGCGGGCGGCGGCUCCUCGGCGGCUCCGCGGCGGAGCCGGGCCGCGGGCCACCAUGCUGGGCCUGGACGCGUGUGAGCUGGGGGCGCAGCUGCUGGAGCUGCUCCGGCUGGCGCUGUGCGCCCGAGUCCUCCUGACCGACAAGGAGGGGAGACAGCUGUCGCCCGACGAGGCACUGGAUGAGGCCGUGCCUGAUUACCGGGCCCCGGGGAGGAAGAGCCUCCAGGAGAUCCAGCAGCUGGACCCUGAUGACGAGAGCCUGGUCAAGUACAAGCGGGCACUGCUGGGGCCCCUGCCACCCCUCGUGGACCCGAGCCUGCCCAAUGUGCAGGUGACCAGGCUGACGUUGAUGUCUGAGCAGGCUCCAGGGCCCAUCACCAUGGACCUCACAGGGGAGCUGGCUGCGCUGAAAAACCAGGUGUUUGUCCUGAAGGAGGGUGUGGAUUACAAAGUGAAGAUUACCUUUAAGGUCAAUAAGGAGAUCGUCAGUGGCCUCAAGUGUCUGCAUCACACCUACCGCCAGGGCCUGCGUGUGGACAAGGCGGUGUACAUGGUGGGCAGUUAUGGCCCUAGCGCCCAGGAGUAUGAGUUUGUGACCCCGGUGGAGGAGGUGCCUCGAGGAGCCUUGGUGCGGGGUGCCUACGUGGUCACGUCCUUCUUCACUGACGAUGACAGGACAGACCACAUGUCCUGGGAGUGGGGCCUCCACAUCUGCCAAGACUGGAAGAGCUGAACGUCCCCUACCCCGGGGGCUGUCCUCAGCCCACCUGGGGUCCUUGUUUCCCCUGCCCCUGCAGUCAGUGACCACACCCCCACACCCUCUGCUCCGGUCCUGGGACACCCCCUUCCUGGGCUGGCACUGUGCCCUGAACAGUCCUAUUAAACGUCACCUUGUCUCGGU